UUGCCAUCGAAACUUAGUGAGGGGCCCUCUCCUGCAGCCGCACCUCUUGAGAACUUCACUGGUCUCCAAAUUCUCUGCUGCCAUUUGCCGUUGUCACCCCCAUGUGCAAGCAUACCAUAUCAUAACAGAAUGAUUAACUCCACACAGCAAUUCAUUGAGAUUGGACUCCCCUUUCCCUGGGUUAUCAUCUAUUAAUACCUUCUGCUUUAUGCCUGUGAGGAUUACUGGUCUUUACUCUGCCAUGCUUAAUGAUUAAUUGUGGUUUUCUCCUCUCUAGUGACAUUCUGUGUAGACAUAGCAAACAAAAGCAAUGCUCUUCAUGGAUGACAGGGGAGCUUUCAGAAAGCAUUGCUUGAGCUGCUUGCUGGCUGAUGCUCUUAUCAUUGUUUUGGUGUACUCAUGCUCUUUCAUUUGUGUCUCUUUUUAUUUAAUUUUUUAAAAUUAAUUUUUAUUUCUUUGUUUUUGGGUCAUUGUGUCCUAACGUGUGCUCGGCUUCUCUGUUCUCCUUAGCCAUUCACUGUCUGACUGCAGAAGUCUUUUUUCAGCCAUUUAGUUCCUGCACUUUGAAAUUCCCUGCCAAAGACAGCCAGGUAUGCAUCCUAUCUCUUCCUGCAUUGUCUCUCUGCACCUUGUCCUCCAGCCCAGGUUGUCUCGCUACCUCUUGUCUAGGUCUUUCAUUAUUACACACCAUGAAUCAUCUAUUACUUCAAACGCAGAUGUACUACUUGUAGGCAGAGAGCUAAUAAUUUGAUGCUCAGCUGGAGAAAUAAUGAUUUUAACCCUUGACUACCCCUUGUUACCCCUCAGGUGAUAAAUCAAAUGACAUUUUGACCAUAAUGAAAGGUUAUACUCACUGUAGUUGUAGCACAGCCAUCAUUCAGGAAUACAUAGGAGAGAGAUUGCUCUGCGUCAGUCAUACACCCAUUAUAAAAUGACUGUAGAUCUUUGAAAACAAGCUUCCAACAAGCAUAGAGGAGAGAUCUUAUUGUGCACUUGACUUGGAUUUACUUUUUGCUCCCAACCACUGUGCAGGUCAUUGUGAUGUCUGGCCAUGAGACUAUCCGUGUGCUAGAGGUAGAGGUCGAUGCAUCUCUUCCAUCCUCAGUACCGGAUGGAAAGGCUGAUUCCAGGGCUGAGGAGGGAGGGACUCUGGUCCCAGAACAGCCUGAGGCCAGCAGCACACAAGACAGCCCCACUGUACCCAGAGCACAGGGGGUGUGGUGCUGGGAGAGCAGCAGGUGGUAUCUGUAGAGGCUGCAGCCCCUGCUGUCCAAACUCUGGCUCCUGCUGUUCCCAUCAGUGUGUCCCUGCCACAGCCCCAGGCCACCAUGCCCAUCACUGUGCAAGGCUGUCCACAGGUGCUGACCCAGGAAAGCUUGGCCACUCUGAUGACUGGGAUGAUGGCCCAGACCGGAUCACUGGGCCAGCCACUGCUCAUCCCCCUCAGCAUGGCAGGAUCAAUUGGUGGCCAAGGCGGCCUGGCUGUGCUCACCCUCCCCACCACUAAUGUAGCAACUCUGCCUGGGCUGGCAGCAGCCACUCCGGCUGGAAACCUCCUCAAACUGCCCUUAGCUGGCCUCCAAGCAGCUGCAACAGUGCUGAACUCGGUGCAGCCCCAGCUGCAGACGGCUGCACAGACAGUGUUCCAGCCUCAGGCAGCCUCCAUCCAGCCAAUGCAGCCUGCUGUGCCUCAGGUCACAACUCAGCCAGCGCAGGUGACCAGUGCCCAGGUGAGCGCUGCUCAGGUGGCGGCUGCCCAGGCGACCUCGGCCACCACCACCGUCUCUCAGUCCAACAUAUCUGUGGCAGCGCUCCACACUGCGGGACUCUCCAUCAAUCCUGCCAUUAUCAGUGCUGCUUCUCUGGGAGCACAGCCUCAGUUCCUCAGUUCCCUCACCUCUACCCCCAUCAUCACAAGUGCCAUGUCCAAUAUGGCUGGCAUCACCAGCCAGAUCAUCACAAAUGCCCAAGGACAGGUCAUAGGCACCCUGCCACUGUUUGUGAACCCAGCCUCUCUGGCUGGAGGGGCUACAACUCCCACCCUCCCCCUUCAGGGCCUGCAGGUCCAGACUGUCACCCCACAGCUGCUCCUCAACACCCAGGGCCAGAUUAUUGCCACUCUAGGGAAUGGAGCCACAGCGGUCGCCUCUUCUGCUGCAGUCCUGCCCAAGGCUGCUGCGCCUCCAGCGCUUUCCAAGCCAAGCACACAGGCUUCGGUAACAACUGUCACUCAGUCACCAGUUGUCAUCGCCCCACAGCCGUCUGUAAUGAAGACAGCCACCUCGCUCUCGUCCUCGGUCCCCAUCACCUGUGGAGACAUGGCAACAGUGGGCCAGCUUGUCAGCAAACCCCAGCAAGCAGUCAGCAACGAGGAGGGCAUUAAUCUCGAAGAGAUUCGAGAGUUUGCCAAGAACUUCAAGAUCCGGCGGCUCUCCUUGGGGCUUACUCAGACACAAGUGGGGCAGGCUCUGACUGCAACGGAGGGUCCAGCCUAUAGCCAGUCUGCCAUUUGCAGGUUUGAAAAGCUGGAUAUCACCCCCAAGAGUGCUCAGAAGCUGAAGCCGGUGCUGGAGCGGUGGCUGGCCGAAGCCGAGCUGUGGAACCAGAAGGGCCAGCAGAACCUGAUGGAGUUUGUCGGCGGGGAGCCCUCCAAGAAACGCAAGCGGCGCACCAGCUUCACACCGCAGGCGAUAGAAGUUCUCAACACUUACUUUGAGAAGAACGCCCUGCCAACGGGCCAGGAGAUCACGGAAAUCGCGAGGGAGCUAAACUACGACCGCGAGGUUGUGCGAGUAUGGUUCUGCAACCGGCGACAGACGCUGAAAAACACGAGCAAGAUCAAUGUCUUUCAGGUCCAGUAAUGACCUCGGUGCUGGGGGAGCUCACGGCGAUCCGUUGCCCUUUUAGGAAACUGAAGGGAUAAAGCAGUAAAGCAGAUGUAGAUUGUGUUGUAAAUAUAAGCAGUAAGCUCUGAUGAGUUUGAAACAAUACAGACGGAGGCAAUGAAGGACAUAGCACUUGAACUGAGUUACAAAAAGAGUACUCCAAACGAGUUAUUACCCUGUUUUUAAGGUGUAUAUGUAUACACUACAUAUGUGUGGUGGGUACUACGUCAAACUGCAUGGUCCUCUUUUGUCAUAUACAGUGAUAAUAACAUGUCAUACUUAACAUAGAUGGACUUUGAUACAAGUGGUUUUAUAUCCUCCUAAAACAUUUUUAAGUGGUGACACAUCAAUGUUUUUUUGGCAGUUCAUCGCGAUGUUACUGUGGCACAAUGGCUAACGUUACUCUGAUAUUUGGAUGAUACGCUAGUGCCACCAAAGUAGUUCUCAAAUAAUUCGUAGCUGCUCAUUCAGCUCUCCUGGUUCUCUGUUUGUUUAUGUUUUCUGUGCUUAUGAUACUUUAUGAGAGUAUUCUGUGUUGGAGAAAAGGUUUCCUCUUUGUUCACCAUUGUGACUGUUUCUUUAAUGGCCUGCCAUUGCUUCUGCUGUUUUUUUUUUUUUUGG